AUUAAAUGACAAAAUUAAUGUGACAGACGUCAAAUAACCUAAAAGAUCGUUUAUAAAAAUUCUCAUACACGUAUUUCUAAUUUUAUUUAAAUAAACCUCAAGCACCGGAAGAUGUCUUUUGACGAUUUGCUAGCCGGCAAUAAUGUCGAAAGCCUGAGACAACUUAACGAUAAACUGAAUGAAAGCGUAGUUGAACAGAUGGUCGACACGCAAGAACUUGUUAUGAUGAAUAGCUUUGCACACGAUAGUAACGAGUAUCUGUUCAAGAAGAGCUUGCAGCAAAGAAUUUCAGAUAUAUCUUCGUGGCGUUGGAUUCUUGUCGAUCUAGCGAAGCGUCUCGAAGAAUCCAUCGAGGCUCUGCAACAUGAGCACAACGCUCUGCGAGUAGUGAUCCGGAGAAUCGAUGAUGAACUGAACAUCUACUCCAGACAGGGUGCGCUGACGACACUGGGUGCUUUGGCUGAUAGCGUUGAAGAUGCUAUAAUUCAGGAACAAAAUUUUCUACGUAACGAAAAAAAUAAAUUUGAAAAGAUGUUAACAGAAUUAGAAAAGCAAAUAAUUAAUGUAGAGAAAACGAAAAAGCGAAUAGAAUUGGAUAUUCUGAAGAAACAGCAAACUUUAGACAUAGAAGAUGCUUGUGCCAACAUUGACUCUGGUUCAAUAUUGACGAAUAGAAAGAAAAAAAAACGGAGAAGCUCGCCAUUAUCUCGUUGGGAAAACAGGUGUGAUUCAUUAAAAAAAGCUGGUCUUAAAUCUUUAAGAAAUGCCAUAAUAACAAGACAGCAGGUUAGAGGUGCGAGAAUUCAAAUUUCAAUAGCUGCCCAGGGCUAUGCCGCUAAGGUGGACUCGAUUCUCAAAAGGCGACUGCACGCUAAUCAACUGAAAUUUCAAGAUCUAUGUUGGCAGAGAGAAGAGGCCAUUAAAGACUUCAAUGUUUUGGAAGAGGAAUUAACGACGACGGAACAGAAUCUUCUAGAAAACUUAGAACAAGAAAGACUUAUUGAAACCAGAAUAACUGACCGCUCUCAGAGACCCGUCGGAGAGCUCACCAAAGAUGACGUGGAUAGAAAAUUGAGAGAUGAACUUGGCAGAUUAAGGAAUUUCACUAACGAAUUAAGAAAAAACCGGUCCAGAAUCACCACUCUUCAAAAUCACAUAACAAACUGUAUAAGUCGCAUUGAGUGUUGCUCCGAAGAUCUCAACCAAGUAAUCAAUUUGGAUGAAGAGAGGAUGAAGUUAAGAAACGGAGAAAUCCAAGGAGAACCAUCAGAAGAGAAUGUCAAGGGUAUUCAGCCUUCUGGAACCAUAGCGAAAAGGUCUCAAAUGAGAUCGAACGAAAUAUUGACUGCGAUUACCGAAGAGGACGAAGACGAUUAUCCAUUUAAUGACUAAUAAAAUCAUUAUCAUUUGAGAUGCAAUAAAUGACGAAUGAAUGUGCCCAUUGACUUUGGUAUGAGCUCCCUUCACGCCGUUUCCAAGAUCUAUGGCAUGUCUUUCUUCAAAUGAGUUGAGGAGAGUUCUCAACAAUAGGCAGUGGCUUGGGUGUACCCCUGGCAUUACCGCGUCCUUGAGUGACGGUCACGAUAAAUGAUGGUAAGCCGUGCUCGGUCUAUUUAUCAUCAGGUUUGAGCCCCGUGAGAUCACUUCGUAGUUAAGGUUACCUGAAAUAGCGUCUCAAGGCUCUCAGCUUAGGUAGGAUAAAAAAAAGUUCUACUUAUGGCAAUAAAAAAAUCAUUUUUUUCAACGUAACAUUCAUUCAACGAUUCAUUGCCAGACAGCCUCUACUCAAACUUAAGAUGUAGAAAUAGGGUUUUAAUAUUUUGUUAAUUGUUUGAGUAAAUAUCCAAAUUUUUGGGAAAUAAAAGUUAUUUUAUAUUCUUUUGUCAUAUAUUUAUUUUUAAAUCCAAUAAUAUGCCGUUUCAACAUGUGUUAUUUAUAAAAAGGUGAAAGGAAAAAAAAAACCUAAUGUAUAUCGGUGCCCAAACAAAAAAAUAUCAGAAUUUAGAAUUUUCGUAAAGUAGGUACCUACGCUAUCUUCAACUAAAUAAACCGUAUUGGCCGGAUUACAAAAUCUGUUUUAUCUCGGUAAUUUAGCGGUUUCCUUAAUAAUUUCCGUCUUUUUAAAUACUUACUAAAGGUCAAAAUUAUAUCACUGUGCUUUGUCAGUUUCGAAUUUAACCUUUUGUUUCAAAGUACAAACAUAUCAAUCUUCUCGACAGUUUUUCAACUCAUUUUCUUCAUAUUCUCUCAUGUUAUAAGUAUUUUUGCUUGAGCAUUGCAUAUCGGAUAUUGAGUAUGUAUAGUUUCAAUUAUAUAUGGGGCGGUCAGCGCAAAAGUGGCCUAAGCUUACCAUAGUUAGUAUGGAGGCAAUUAGGUUUGAAUUUUCAUGAAUUUAAACUUGAGUAGGCAAAAAAACAAUACGCGCAAAAAUAAUGUUUACAAAGCUAUCUGUUAUCUAUGGGUGAAACUAUGGAUAGGCCGGUUUUGCAUCAAUUUUUUUUUAUAUUUUAAAUAAAUUCCAAUAUACAUAUAAGCUUGAAUAUAAAAAAUUGUGGGUUAGGCCACUUUUGCGCUGACGGCCUCAUAAUUAUGUAAUACAUUACAAACUGCUUAGGAUGACAUUAAAUUUUGUUUUUCAUUCUAGUACUGUUUCUUUUAAACAAAUUUUUGGGCAUUUUAAGAACUUAGAAAAUUUAUUAACUAUGUUUACUUAUUAGCUAAUUAAGUUUUCUGUAUAUCGGACAUAAUAUUUAGAAAACGAAUGCUAUUUCCAUAAAAUAAAAACAAAUACAAUAUAUAAAUUUGUGUCAUGGAAAGUUUCUUAACUUCUUGUAACUGAAAAAAUGUUUAUAUGAAUUGUCAGAACAAAGGCAAAGGAUAAAUGUUAUGGAAAUAAUUCAGAUCUAUGGGAAUUAUGACUAAUAAAAAUUACUGUUACAUACUAACAUCAUUUGCUUAAUGUGAAUGCUUAAAUAGGUUGUCUCCUAAUAAAAUUUGUGAUGUGCUUAGAAAAUUUUAAAAAUGUAAUGUGGUUAGUUGUGCAAAAUAUUUGGCUUUUCUUUUUUCAAGUUAUAUAGUGAAUACUUUUGUGAUGUUUGAAGAUCUAAUCCCUAUGGUACUAGCAGUCAAUCUUGUGUGAAUCAGUUAUCUCGAAAUCAGUUUCAUUCAGUUUUAAUGUUUGUAAAUCAACCAGUAACUCUAUAUCUAAAAUUAAAAUUACAAUUAACACGUAAAUAAAGAUAGUGACUAAUAGUUUCUAACAUUAAAUUUUGUGUUGUAUUAUGAAAAAUAUUGUGAUUAAACAUUUUGAAAAAAUAAA